ACUUGUGUGAUCAAACUGAAAAUCCUUGGGGAUUUUAUGGACCGUGUCAUAAGAAAAUACCACGAGGUUAUGUAUUUGUUUUUAGAACAGGUCUUAGAAUGGGGGAGUGGAGGAUUUGUACAGGAAAGGGUACAGGAUGGUAACAGAAUGUCCUUGCUGAGGAUGCUUUCCUAGGUCCUAAGGGUCUGGAGGCCUUUGUGAUAAUGAGACUGUGUGUGAUACUGAGAUGUCCACAGGGUCCUUUGCAGUUAUGAGUCUCUUCACCAGAGACCAUCUCUUCUGCUCCUGCCUGCCUGAUGUAGGCUGUGUGUUGGUCAGAGCUGGUGAGAUGGAGAGUGUUGAAUGUUGUCUGAUGAAGCAACUUUUUCAGGUCCGAGGUUUCAAGUUACUGCAGGUGGGGAACACUUAAACUUGCUGUCUUUGUGUAGGAGUGGGCUUCCAUAGUAGCUCUCCACAGCUGUAGAUUUUGCCGUGAUGGUUCCUGGCUCCUCCUCCGGUGGGAUUUACAAGGAUUUAUUUUGUAACACGUGGCUGUAAUUUUAAUGUGCUCAACUUCCUUUACUUGUGCACUACAGAAGUGGCCUCAAUAGAGAUGGUGUGUCCUGAUGUCACACGUGGAUUGUUCUGAUCUCUGCAAGAAUAUCCUAAAACCUGCAUGAUUAGCUGAGUUCCUGUGGUACAAAUUGUCCCACAGGGUUGACACUCACUCUGAGUCCUCUUGUGCUUUGACACUUGCUGUGUUUUCAUGAAGAAAUAAAUCUGUGUGGACUGGUAUUAGAGCUGUCAUGGCUCUAAUCACAGUUUUGAUGAACUUAACGUGCAGCUCUCUGGCAUUUCCACCCGGGAUUACUGAACAGGAGCAGAGCAUUCAUGGUGAUGAUCAUGUAGCUGGGAAGAACUUUAAGACAUUCUGAACAUCUUUUGUAGUGAUCAUGAAGGAAAAUGAGGAAGUAUGAAGGUCUGGAUGACAUGCAGAGUGAGGUUUACAGGCAGGGCAUGUUGCUGAGGUUGAGCAAUGUUUGAUAUUUUGGCAGUGAUCCGCGUGUGGCACUAAGGCCUGGGCCUGUCUGAUGGGGAGGGUGAAUUUGAGUGGGGAGGAGUGUUGCCCCUGGAAAAUGGAGAUGCUGAGUAGAACAUGGACUGCAUUAUUGUGGAUCAACUGGAGAAUGUCUGGUUAGCUGUGGAGAUCUCAUUUCCCGUGCCUUGUGAUAGAGGAUGGCAAUAGAUAGCCUUGAGAAAAUUCCCACCACCUAGUGCUGCUCUUCUGGGAUCCUCUGAGGACCUCCAGCAGUUCUCUGUAUUCUUGCUUUCUGUUGUUCCCUAUGAUAUUACAGCUUAAGAAGUGACUUGCCAUCCAUGCCUUUAAUCACUUGUCUUUGAUGUGGAAUUUUCUUGGUCAAACAGAAAACUUUUUGAAAUUAGUAUAAUUCUGCCAGCCUUUCUUGGGAUAUUGCAUCUCUCUGGUCUUGGUCUUCUAGCUGGCAUUAAGGGACACUGUCCCUUAAAACAAAUAUUUAUUGUCCUGGGGGGUUGCUGGUUUUGGUUUUUUUUUUUUUAAGAAACAACCAGUGAUGCUACAGGUGAGUUACUCCUACCAGAAAAGGCAGUGUGUGACAGACAGGUGUACUCUGGCUCCUGUUCAGUUGUGUUAUCUUCAUGUUGGAUCAACUGAAUAUUGCCUGAACUGAAAUUCCUGUAGGUUUGGAGCACCAUUAUAUGCUCUCAUUCGAUUUUGUUGCUUCCUGACACAGGGUGAGAAGGAACAGCAAAGACAGAUGGAGGAGUGAUCUUAAUGCUUUUCUAGAAGUAAAUGUGUUGAGCAUGCAGAGGAUGCUUUCAGUGACAAUGCCGUGGUGAAUUUUUUAAUAGCUCUGCAGGUGAAAAAUGAGUCAGGCAGAAUUGCUCUUCAUCGAGGUAAAUGAGGAAUGUGGUGUCAUCAUGACUUUUUUUGCAGCACUGUUGGAGGAUUAUCGCACUGGACUCUGAUGGGUUUGAUUUUAUGAAGGAAAGACUCUCUUGGGUCACUUAGACGCUGGAGCCCUUUUUGUAAUAGAUGUCUGAAUGGGUGGACUCUUCUCUGAUGUAACAAACCUGGUCUUUACUACAUGAUUGCUUUGUCCAUUUAUUUCUUGGGUCCUUGAGAUGACUGAAGGCUCCAAAGGUGGCUUUGAUCCUGAAGGGAGAGGAAGCUGCGGUGCAUGGUAGUGGAGAAAAGAAAGAAGGCUAUUUCCUGUCAUGAAGAAUGAGAGGUGGAAGGGGAGUGCUCUUUUCUCUUUUGCUAAAGGGCAUGUCUGUGCUUCAUGGCGUGCCAUGUAGCUAUUUUAAAAAAACAUUUCCUUGAGGGGAAAAAAAAUUAGAAGAUGCAAGGAUGGCAGGAAGAGGCAAGGGGACAGAAAUACCGCAGAGUGAGGAAAGACAAAAAAGCAAAGAAAAAAAAAAAAGAUAAAAGGGGAGAAGAAAAAGGACAAAGAAGAAGUGGAAUAAAAGAAGCAAUGGAAGAAAUCGUUGCAAGGAAGAUGAAUGAGAAGUUUUUCCAAAGGACAUAUUCAUUGAAAGUAUUGUAUAAAUAUUUGAAAGAAUGAAUUAGUAAAGGAAAUAGACAUAAUAGAUAUGAAAAGAAAAUGAGACUGAGGAAUUAAAACAUAUGACAGUUAAGAGCAUGAAGAAGACAGGGAAAGAGAACCAGGAAAUAGAAGGGAAUGAGAGAAAAAAGAACAGAAAGAAUAGCAGAAGAAAACGAAGGAGAACAGGAUAUAUCAAGGAAGGCGAGUAUACAGGUAAAAAGUAAGAGAAGAAGAGGGCAAGGAAGUAACAAAGAAAGAAGAGAAUGGAAGAAAAAAGAAGGAAGAUAAAGGACCUGAUCAGCAGGCACUGACCUUAUGUUCAGACGCUGAGCAGAGUUGGUCUCCAACAGCCUUUUCCCCGGUUGGAGCACCGCGUCCCGGCGCCGAUAUACCAUAAUUAGCGGUGAUAGACCAUAAUUAGCUCUGAUAGACCAUAAUUAGGGCUGAUAGCUCCACCUUUGAUGUUCUCCACCGCGGCGCGGGACGCCACCGGCAAAUUGGCAAAUUACCCCUGCCAUGAGGGGUAAAGACGAGGGACGACUGGAAAGGAAAUGAAAAUGGCUUAAAGAAUAGGACAGGGCAGUAAAUCAAAAGGACAAUGAUCAAGACACGCAACAAACAGAAAAUAAUAAGAAAACUAUAAUGGAAAGAAUAGGAAAGAGAAGAGAAAGGCAAACCGAUGAAAACAAGAGAAAUAAUGGAAAGAAGGAAGGAAGAAAGGAAGAAGAUGAGGUACAGAAACGAACCUAUGCAAUAAAACAGCAAGCGAUAAAGAAAAGGAAAUAAGAAAUAUCAGUGCACAGAGGAACAGGCUGCAGAGCAAAUUGCGAUGACAGAGCGGAGACUCCGGCGCUGUGUGUGAGCGUGUGAGGCGGCGGAGCAGCGCACGGUGUCGCUGCAGGCUCAGGAACGGCGUGUGGGCGGCUCCGCCCCGGUGCGGCGGAGAGCCCGGCUGUGAGCGCGGGGGGGCGGCGCGGGCCGGGCAGCAGAGCCGCUGCGUCCGGGCGGCGGCGGGGAGCCGUGCGGGGCCCGUGCCGGGGCCGGCAGGCAGAGCGGCGGCGGCGGCGGCGGCGGCAGGGAUGGGCGAGCGGCGGUGCGCGUUGGUGCGGGUGCUGGUGCUGCAGGCGGCCUGGGCGGUGUCGGGCGGGCAGGUGCGCUACUCGGUGCCGGAGGAAGCGAAGGCCGGGACGGUGCUGGGCCGUCUGGCGCAGGACCUGGGCCUGGAGGCGGGCGAGGCGGAGGCGCGGCGGCUGCGGCUGGUGGCGCAGGGCCGGCGGGCGAGCGUGGAGGUGAGCGGGGCGAGCGGCGCGCUGGUGCUGAGCUCGCGGCUGGACCGGGAGGAGCUGUGCGGCAAGAGCGCGCCGUGCGCGCUGCGCCUGGAGGUGCUGGUGGAGCGGCCGCUGCGCGUGUUCCAUGUGGAGCUGGAGGUCACCGACAUCAACGACAAUGCCCCCGUCUUCCCCGCCGCCCGAAAAAACCUCAGCAUAGCGGAAUCGUCUGUUCUUGGGUCUCGUUUCCCUCUGGAGGGCGCGUCGGAUGCGGAUAUCGGAGUGAAUGCUCAGCUCACCUAUACACUCAGCCCCAGCGAGCAUUUCUCUCUGGAUUUGCACCGGAGUGAGGAAUACCGAGAAUCCUUGUUUCUUGUACUCACGAAACCUCUAGACCGCGAGACAAUUCCCGUUCACCGGUUGGUGCUGACAGCAAGUGACGGGGGCCGGCCGUCUCUGACAGGCACCAUGGAGCUGGUGAUCACGGUGCUGGAUGCGAAUGACAACGCGCCCCGGUUCAACCAGUCGGUGUAUAAAAUGCAGCUCUUGGAAAACGCUGCAGAGGGGACACUUGUAGCGAGGGUGAACGCAACUGAUCCGGAUUUGGGAAGUAAUGGUGAAGUGACAUUUAGUGUGAGCAAUACUUUUCCUGAAAAGGGGAAAAACAUUUUCCAUUUAAAUGCGAGGACGGGUGAAUUGAAUCUAGCGGGCGGUGUGGAUUAUGAAGACAUUCGUUCAUAUGAGAUACAAAUCGAAGCGACAGAUAAGGGGACACCCCCGCUGUCAGGUCACUGCAAGGUGGUGCUGGAGGUUCUGGAUGUGAAUGACAACGCGCCGGAGGUGUGGGUGACGUCGCUGUCGGUGCCGGUGUCGGAGGACGCGUCGUUGGGGACGGUGGUGGCCCUGCUGAGCGUGUCGGACCGGGACUCGGGGGCGAACGGUCGUGUGCGGUGCUGGGUGUGGCCGGCGUCGCCGUUCGGUCUGGAGGCGACGUUCGCGGGCUCGUACUCGCUGGUGCUGCGCGAGGCGCUGGACCGGGAGCGGGUGUCGGAGUACGAGGUGGAGGUGCGUGCGGAGGACGGCGGGGCGCCGCCGCUGCGCGCCAGCCGCGGGCUGCGGGUGCCGGUGUCGGACGUGAACGACAACGCGCCGGCGUUCGCGCAGGCUGUGUACACGGUGCUGGCGCGGGAGAACAACGCGGCGGGCGCGGAGCUGGCGCGGCUGUGGGCGCGGGACCCGGACGAGGCGGGCAACGGGCGCGUGAGCUACUCGGUGUGGGAGGGCGGCGCGGCGGCGGUGUCGGCGUCGGGGGCGGCGGGCGGCGGGUGGCGGCCGGCGUCGAGCUACGUGUCGGUGGACGCGGAGAGCGGGCGCGUGUGGGCGCUGCAGCCCUUGGACUACGAGGAGCUGCAGGUGCUGCAGUUCGAGGUGCGCGCGGUGGACGCGGGGGAGCCGCCGCUGUGCGGCAACGCCACGGUGCAGCUGUUCGUGCUGGACGAGAACGACAACGCUCCGGCGCUGCUGCCGCCCGCGGGCUCGGCAGCGGAGGCGGGCGGCGUGGCGGGCGAGGCGGCGGAGCUGGGGGCGGCGGCGGCGGGGGCGGUGUCGGGCUCGGGCACGCUGUGGGCGUGGGCGGCGUGGGGGGCGCCGGCGGGGCAGGUGGUGGCGAAGAUCCGCGCCGUGGACGCCGACUCGGGCUACAACGCGUGGCUGCGCUACGAGCUGUGGGAGCCGCGGGGCAAGGGCCCGUUCCGCGUGGGGCUCUACAGCGGCGAGGUGAGCACGGCGCGGGCGCUGGACGAGGCGGACGGCCCUCGCCAGAGGCUGCUGAUCGUCGUGCGCGACCACGGCGAGCCGGCGCGCUCGGCCACGGCCACGCUCAGCGUGUCGCUGGUGGAGGCGGCCGAGGCGGCGCUGGCCGCGGGAUCCUCGUCGUCGUCUUUGUCGUCUUUGUCGUUGUCGCGGGCGGCGGGUGCGGGCGCGGAGCUGGGUCCCGGGGCGGCGAGCGCGGCGACGAACGUGUGGCUGGUGGUGGCGAUCUGCGCCGUGUCGAGCCUGUUCCUGCUGGCCGUGGUGCUGUACGGGGCGUCGCGCUGGGCGCCGCGGGCGGCCGUGCUGUCGGGGCCCGGGCCCACGACGCUGGUGUGCGCCAGCGAAGUGGGCAGCUGGUCGUACUCGCAGCGCCACAGCCGCAGCCUGUGCGUGGCGGACGGCGCGGGCAAGAGCGACCUCAUGGUUUUCAGCCCCAACUUCCCUCCGCCGCCGCCGCCUGGCCCCGCGGCCAAGGACACGCAGCCGGAGCCGUCCGCUCUCCUCGAUACGGUCAGUGGCACGCUGUUGCUCUGCCUUGUCCCUUCACCUACGCCUUUUCCUCUUACAUGCCCAGUCUCUCCUGCCUCCUUUGCUGUUGUUGUUUGGAGCCGUGCUCCACCCCGGAGGCCGGGAGGAGGUCGAUAAUUGUCCAGUGCUUAA